CACAACCGUGAAACAUAUUAUGUUCUACUCCCUCUCUCACUCCUUGCCCUUGGUCUCUUCCUCCUUUGUCACAAGUUAUCAAAGAUUAAUCCAUAUUCCAACAGCUCUACAGCAUAGAACCAGGGGAAAACAAUAUCCCUCCUUCAUCAUCUCAAGAAACUCAUCAUCAUCACCAUCAUCAAUGGAGAUAAGUAAUCCUCCUGCGCCUCAACGGCGAUUAGCUCAAUACCAUCCUACCAUUUGGGAUCACAAACUCAUAGACUCCUUCACCACUCACUACACCUAUGAAUUACAUGCCACGCGAUUGGAGAGUCUAAAGCAGAACGUUGCUAAAACGUUGCUGGCUGCAUCCACCAGUAACAAAGGCAGCUCUGCUAGCACUUGUUCCGUUUUAAAGCUUAUCGACUCUAUGCAGCGGUUGGGAGUGGCCUACCAUUUUGAGCAAGAGACCGAUGCAGCUCUACUUAGUCUCGUUUCUUCGAGCACUCACGGUACCACAGAUGAUCUUCACACAGUUGCCUUGCAAUUCCGGAUACUAAGAGAACAUGGCAUCUCUAUUAGCCCAGAUGUGUUUAACAAGUUUAGAAGUAGAGACGGAAGCUUCAAAGACAGCUUAAGCAAGGACGUGGAGGGACUUUUGAGUUUGUAUGAAGCCUCACACCUUGGGAUGCCUGGGGAAGAAGAAGAUCAUGUUUUGGAAGAAGCCAAGAGUUUUAGUACCAGAAACUUGAGACAAUUAAUGGUAACUUUGGAAGACGAUAAUUUAUUGAAGCAAUUAGUAGAGCAAUCACUAGAAACCCCCCUGCGUUGGAGGAUGCCAAGAAUAGAAGCCCGGAACUUCAUCGAUAUCUACGAAAGAGACAAUUCUAAGAACCUGGCUUUGCUUGAAUUGGCCAAGUUGGAUUAUAAUCUUAUCCAAUCAGUAUAUCAAAUGGAAAUAAAGGAGCUAUCAAGGUGGUGGAGAGACUUGGACUUCAAAAACAAGGCAAGUUUCUCAAGGGAUAGAUUGAUGGAGAACUACUUGUGGGCAAUGGGGAUCAAUUAUGAGCCCCGAUUAUCAGAAUGCAGGAGUGGCCUCACCAAGUUUGUUUGCAUAUUAACAAUAAUUGAUGACAUGUAUGAUGUCUAUGGAUUUCUGGAUGAGCUUGAGCACUUUACACAGGCAGUAUGUCGAUGGAAUAUGGAAGCGAAGGAGGAGCUUCCCGAGUACAUGAAGCCAGUUUAUGCUGCCAUGCUCAAAUUUGGCAACGAAUUAGCUGAUAACGUUUUUAAAAAUAAUGGUUUGGACGUCCUCCCUUAUAUUAAGAAAGAGUGGGUAAAUCUUUGUAAAUCAUAUUUGGUAGAGGCACGGUGGUUUUACAGAGGAUACACACCAACUUUACAAGAGUACUUGGACAACGCAUGGACUUCAGUGGGUGGCCCUGGUGCUCUUCUCCAUGCUUAUUUGUUGCAAGGAUUAGGAUGCCACCUCACAAAAACUUCACUUGAGUCCUUUAAGCAUGGCUCUCAAAUUGUAUAUUGGUCAUCCCUCAUGACUCGACUUAGCGAUGAUUUGGGCACUUCCAAGGCUGAAAGUGAGAGAGGUGAUGUGGCUAAAGCCGUAGAGUGUUACAUGGAAGAAAAAGGCACAUCUGAGGAAGAAGCACAGCACUACAUAAACGAUUUGAUAUGCUAUUCAUGGAAGAAAAUGAAUGAGGAGAGUGCAAAAACUAGCGGGAUACCAAAAUCAAUUGUAAAAAUGUCACUCAAUAUGGCGCGGACUGCUCACUCUAUCUUUCAACAUGGCGAUGGUAUUGGAACUUCAAUUGGGGUCACCAAAGAUCGUUUAAUUUCUCUGAUUGCAAAUCCUAUUCCUAUAUAUCAUGAACACAAGUGACCAAGAUCACUGGUUUUAUUGUAAUUGACUAGAUUCUUAAUUACAGGCCUCCUAAAUUGAUCCAACAAGCGGAAAGGCUGAAAACAAUUCUGUAAACACUCAGUUUGAU